GCCUCUCGUUGCUCUUCUGCUCGGUGAUGGCGACUCGCUGCAUCGAUAUCCUCCUCUUCCUUUUGCCCCUCUCUGUAGCCGCCCUCACGAAGUGCUCCGGCGAGCAGAGUGAUCAGUACGACGACGAAUUGAGCCGCCUAGCCUCCGAAUGGUACAGCUCCAGCGAGAGGAGCGAUCAGUACUCCGACCGACUGAGUCAACUCACCGCAUGCCUCGCCACCGCCGGCGUCGACAACUUCACGUACCCGUCCGCCGACCCCACCGAGGCAGCCGCCUCCUCGUUCUACCAAUUGCUCAACUUCUCCAUCCAAAAUCUGCGCUUCGCCCCCGGUCCCGCCGCCCUCCCCGCAGCUGUCGUCCUCCCCGCCACCCAACUCCACCUCCGGAGCGCAGUCCUCUGCUCCCGCGAGGCCGGAUACAGCGUCCGCCUCCGCAGUGGCGGCCACAGCUACGAGGGCCUCUCCUACUCUGCCUCCGCCCCCUUUGUCGUCGUCGACCUUAUGCGCCUCAACCGCGUUAUAGUCGACUCGGCGUCUCGUACCGCGUGGGUCGAGUCCGGCGCCACCCUCGGCGAGACCUACCACGGCAUCUCUGCCGCCUCCGACGAUCUAGCCUUCUCCGCUGGGUCCUGCCCUACCGUCGGAAGCGGCGGCCAUAUCGCCGGCGGCGGGUUCGGCCUUCUCUCCCGGAAGUAUGGCCUCGCGGCCGACAACGUCCUCGACGCCGUCCUCAUCGACGCCGAUGGCCAAAUCAUGAACCGUGACGCCAUGGGCGAGGACGUCUUCUGGGCGAUUAGAGGCGGCGGGGGUGGCGCCUGGGGGGCGGUCUACGCCUGGAAACUCCGUCUCCUCCCCGUCCCCAGCCGCGUCGCCGCUUUCAUCAUCAACCGCCCCGGGUCGACUCCCCGGAUCGCGCAGCUCUUCCACAAGUGGCAACUCGUCGCGCCGAAUCUCCCCGACGAGUUCUACCUCUCCGCCUUCGUCGGCGCCGGCCUCCCGGAGUCAGGCGAGGUCGGCGGCAUGUCCGCCACCUUCAAGGGCUUCUACCUCGGCCCGGCCUCGGAGGCGCUCUCCAUCAUGACCCAAACGUUCCCCGAGUUGCAACUCGCAGACUCAGACUGCCAUCAGAUGAGUUGGAUCGAGUCGGUGGUGUUCUUCUCUGGUCUGCCGGAGGGGAGCACGGUUUCGGAUCUAAAAAACCGGUUCCUCAUCGAUAAGAAAUCCUUCAAGGCCAAAUCCGACUACGUACGGGUCCCGAUCCCCGAAUCGGACCUAAUCUCGAUCCUCAAUCAGCUCUUAGUGGAGCCGAAGGCAUACUUAAUUAUGGACCCGUAUGGGGGAGCCAUGGAUAGAAUCCCGAGCGAUCAUCUACCAUUCCCCCAUCGGAGUGGGAAUCUCUACGCGAUCCAAUAUCUGAUCGAAUGGCAAACAAAUGCUGACGAAAACAACCAAAACUACAUAGAGUGGAUGCGCAAGUUCUACGAAUUCAUGGCCGAUAAGGUAUCCGAUAAUCCACGAGCAGCAUACAUAAACUACGUGGAUUUAGAUUUAGGGACCAACGGAUGGACAAUAGAGGACGAACCGGCGAUCGAUCGAAUGGCAAACGUAAAGUCAUGGGGAGAGAGUUAUUUCUUGGGGAACUAUGAGAGGUUGGUUCGAGCCAAGACCAAAGUCGACCCGGAUAAUGUGUUUCAUAACCCACAAAGCAUACUGCCGUCAAACCAGAUCAAUGGUUAUCUGGCAUGAUGUUAUUUUUUUUAGAGUGAUUUAAUUGAUUAUGAAAGUGUACAGUGGCAUGUGAGUUGUGUUUACUUAAUGUUAAUGAGGUGAUCAAUUCAGGAGAAAUUGAGAUGAAACUUGAAAGUGGAAGUCGAUAUUGAUAAGUGAUAGCCUGUGACGUGAAAGUCAUUAUUGAUGUUUUGUUUGGGAGAAAGACAAAUAAUCCUAUCAGCUUCAGCCGCGCGUGCGUGAGAAUAGAUUGCCAAUAUUUUAUCAAGAUUUUGCAUUUAAAGGAGUCCAGAAUUUUCAGGAUCUUUGAGGCGUGGCCGUCUCGUCCGCGUAGAACUAAGAUUUUGCAUUUAAAGGAGUCCAGAAUUUUCAGGAUCUUUGAGGCGUGGCCGUCUCGUCCACGCAAGUUCUACGCGGACUCUCUUGACAAUUUUUCUUAACAAAAAAAUGGAAUGGGAAAUCGUGACGUAGUUUUGGAACGAAAAUGACGUCAGAGCUCGAAACUACGACGUUGAUGGGCCAAGCAACUACAUCGGCCUUUAAAGGAGGAAAUUGGCCCGCGUAGGUGCUGAUGAACGUGCGAUCAGAAGGCAUCUUGCCGUUCAUACGACUAGUUCGAUUUGGACACAGGUCCACCCGAGUCGCCUUAUGGCCGGGCCG